AUGUAAUCUGAACCUGAUUCGAUUGUGGAGAAAAGUCCAAAAGGAAGAUUUAUUAGAGUAUUAAAAUAACAAUGCUAAAAGGCAGUUUAAUGAGUAAAUCGGGAAAGGGACUUACAAAACUGUGUAUAGGGGCUAUGAUGAGGAGUCUGGGUGCGAAAUUGCAUGGAAUGUAGUACAUUUAGAUCAAUUGCCACAGUGUAUAUACAAUUGAUUUUAUUAGAGGAGGAGAGGAAAAGGAUAUCAGAGGAACUGAAUAUUCUAAAUAACAUCAAACACCCCAACAUUAUCAGCCUCAUUAAUGCUUGGAUUAGCAAAAAUAAAUGUGAAGUUAUUUUUAUAACAGAAAUAGUACAUGGUGGAUCACUCAAAAAGUAUUCCUAUCUAUAGAGCUUAGACAUUUGAGAAAAAUACAGAGGCCCAGGUUGAAAAUACUCAAGCAUUGGUGUCGAGAAAUACUGAANAAUAACUCCAUUUAAGACAAAGAAAUAUUUAAAGAUAUAGAUCAAUACAUUAAAUAGAAAUAAUUGUAUAAAGCCAUAACUAUUUAUAUAUAAUUAUAACUUAGUUUUAUUGUAACAGAAAGGCUAUUAUUUUAAAAUUACUGCUAUUAGAAUCAUUAUAGAAUGAGAAUAACAUUUUUAUAGAUUCAAAGAGACCAAAAUUUUUAAGAUAAGUAAUACGAGAAUACUGAUGUUCCGCUGCUAACUGAAUUCAUAGCAAUUGUAUUAGAGAUAGUAAACAUAAUUUAAUAACUUUUUAAAAUUAAUAAGCAUUGGAAUUUCGAUAUAACAAUUUGA